AUGAAGAAGCUCUCCUCGCUCGAGUCGUCUUCGCGCGAGGCGAUCGGCGCGGCCGAGAGCGCGGCUCGGGCUGCGACGGGCGCCGCCGCCUCGCUCGAGCCCCACACGGCUGCCAGGGCGAGCGCUCUCGCUGCGGCCAACGCGGCGGCAGCUUCCUACGAGCGUGCCGUUCAGCUACAGCAGGACGUGGCCGAUGUGCUGGGCGCAGGCGCUCGCCGUAUCCGUCAGCCAGCGUCUGUGGAGCAGCAGCUCGAGGCGGAGCGGCGGCGAAGCGCGCAGCUCGAGCGGGCUCUCCAGCGCUUGCGAGCCGAGAAGAACGCCGAAGUGCAGAUGCUGGCCAUCUCUCUUGUCGAGCGGGCGGAGGAGGAGGCGAGGCAGACGCUGAGAAGGCAGGAGGCGGGCGCGCGGCUGGCGCUGCGUGUGCAGCUGGCGCUACUCCGUCGCCGCCGCCGCUCUGAUGGCCAGUCGUGGGCCGGGCUCGAGGCCGAGGCGCUGCGUUCGCACCUCGCGUCGGCGAUCGGUUUCGGCAAGCGCGCGGCGGGCGUUGACGCGCCCGCGAGCGUGCUCGCAGUGCACGUCGCGACGCUGCGGCGAGAGCUGAAGGAGGUGGAGAAGGCGAAGGCGGUCCGUACUCGCGCUUCCCGCUCAGUGGCGGGAGCGUUGCAGCCUCCUCUGCUCGGCCUCUCUCCUCCACCGCCUCCACCGCCACCGCCGCCGCCCCCGCCGCCGCCCUCGAUUGCUUCGACCUCGAGGAGCAGCAGCCGCGGCGGAGGGCUCGGCGUUAGCCUCGAAGACUUGGUGCGGGGCAGCGAGGCGCUUCGGUCGGCGGGGAGCACACCCCUUCUCUCCUCCCCUUCCCUGUCCGCCCCCCCCGGCGACCCGAUGAUGGAGGAGCUCAAGCGGCGGCUCGAGAGCCGGCGCUCCUCCCUCUCGGGCGGCACAUCGCCCCAGCCGAGCCCGCGCCGCAGCAGCCUUGGGGCUGGUAUGGGGGCUGGUAUGGCCAAUGGCGGCGGCGACGGCG